UGUAAGUUUAGUCUACCGAGGAGGUUCGGAGAUGGUUCGAUUCCAACUAACUAAGGACUGUGCAGCUGCCCUUUUGAAGAAGAUAUGGACAAUCUUUGUGAUGAUUGUCAACUGGAACCCAGGCUUAUUGUUUAAGUUUCGUUUCGAAUACUGCAAGGACCUUUAUCAGGAAUUCCUUUACACCAACUACGAGGGUCAAAUAAUUUCGAUGCUUCUUGCUAAUGCUGUCUAUGAGAUGUUUCUGGCCUUUACCCACCUCAACUGGAACUUGGAGUACUCUCCCAAGUUCAUUGCCUUUGGUAUUGCUGCAGUUAUUUUUCAGUUAGGCUUGAUCCUCCUCAAAAUUUUUAACGGAGGAUUAUUCAAAAAGAUCAACAAAGCUGUAUUUUUUCUCGAUUCCAUCAUACUCUUGCUGUUUGAGCUGUUCAUUGUCUUUGACUCAAAGUCCAUAGAGUUUGAAUUGCUUUUCUCGCUUGCCUUUUUGGUCAACAUCACAGCAAGUCUCCAUAACAGCACCUUUCUGAUGUUCCUCUUAAUAAUUGCUGUCUGUGUCCUGUACAUAUUUGGCUACUCCAAUUAUACUAGCCUUGGGAUGAAGUACCAGUAUGAAGAGGUUGUUGCUGGCUAUGUAAUAUUGAUAACGGCUAGUUUCUUGUGCUUUGUUGUUCACUUCUUGAUCAGCAAGCAUAAAAGGAUGUCCUUUGAAAAGAUUGAGAACAGCGUCAAGACUCAACUGGACAUUGAAAGAGAAGCAGCGAAACAGGAAAGACUCCUUCAUUCAGUAUUUCCACCUGACGUUGCUAAAGCAGCUCAGACAAUCUUGUCCACUAAAGGAGCUGACCAGUCGUUGGAGAAAUUCAGAAAACUCCAAAUGACUCGGUCUGAAAAUGUCAGUAUCUUAUUUGCUGACAUUAAAGGAUUCACUGCACUCUCUGCUAAGCUUGAUGCUAAGACUCUUGUACAGACUCUGAAUGAGCUCUUUGCACGUUUCGACUGCCUAGCAGAAUUGAAUAAGUGCAUGCGUAUAAAGAUACUGGGUGACUGCUAUUACUGCAUUGCUGGGCUUAAUGAUAAAAACAAGGAUCAUGCUCAGAACUGUGUUGAAAUGGGACUUCAAAUGAUUAAUGUUAUCAAGCUUGUGAGUCGUGAGACGUCUUAUGACAUUAGCAUGAGGGUUGGGAUUCACACUGGGUCAGUAUUCUCUGGCAUCAUUGGAUUGAAGAAGUGGCAGUUUGAUGUUUGGUCGAAUGACGUGAAUACAGCUAAUAAAAUGGAGUCUACUGGGGAACCAGGGCGUGUGCAUAUCAGCGACAAAACUUACAAAGAAUUAAAAGGUCGAUAUGGCGUGGAAAGUGGCCCUUUGGUUGAUGGAAUGAGAACUUAUUUUAUUGCUGAUCAAGCUCAAGACAAAUUACCUACUACCUUACAAGCAGCCAGCAUCAACUCGGAUACCAGUCCUAUUAGUAAAGGCAGCAUAGAAGGGCGUAAAUCAAAUCCUACGAAGCCAAAAAAGGUCUUGAGACGUCAUAGAAAAGUUCACCCAGGUAAAACAAAGGAUGUAUUGACUGGAAGCUUUCAGGAAAGGAGGAUGUUUGGUAUCUCUGAUAUAAUAAAGACACUUGGAAUAACUAGGCUGUCCGAAAAUGAUAGCAUCUCAAGGUUCUUAGCUGGUGAUGGAUCAAAGUUCCUAGAGCACUUAAGGAAGGUAGUAACCAAAGAGCAUUGCCAGAAGCUGUGGAAGAAGUUUGUGCAUCGCUACAUUUUGAAAUUUAAGAAGAAAGAGCACGAAGCUAUGUAUGUCAGAGCAGAAUUUGAAUGCCUUCCAUGCUACUGUGUGUCAAUGAAUGUGAUGCUUCUGUUAAAUUUUGUGGUACAAUUGAUCCUAUUGCCAAAAAACCGCCCUUUCUUUCUUUUCUUCAACAUUACUGCAAUAGUCAUGGCUACUCUACUAACAACGGUUGUCCUUACUCAGCUAUUCUUUGCUAAGCUGCGAAAUGUUUUUUUGAGCAAAUUUGUUCAAACUUUGAAGUGCAAUCGUAUUUGUCGAUAUUACCUAUUUAUGAUGAUGUGGCUAGUAGCUCUGAUUUCUUUAACAAUAGGACUGGUUGAGUGUGAGCCUAAUCCAAGCUUCCUGAUGCCCUAUGAUGGGUUCAACACUCAAAGUGCAAGGUGUGAUUUUGCAGGAUAUUAUCUUGUGUUACUUUCUGUGCUCACUCUCUAUAAUGUGCUGCCAAUUUCUGACCUUCCUUUUCUUGGAAAAUUAUUGAUUACCAUCUGCACUUUGUUCCACACAUUCGUUCUGAUGCCUGCUAUGUUUUUUGACACUUUAUUUCUUCGCUACUACACCCUCUUCCAGAAUAACGCUUUGGCCAAAUUUUUUAGUGAGAAGGUCUACUUUGAAGUCACAGUUGCUUUUAUGGCCAUAUUUGGAAUGAUAGUAGUUUGGCAGUAUCAAUGUGCUAAGCAUAUCAUUUUCCUUCAAAAUCUCGAGAUUAUUGAGAACCAGAGGACAAUAGCAUUAGUAAAAUCCAAUAACUGUGUCUUGCUGUCAAGCAUACUGCCUAAUCACGUUGUGCAUCAUUUUCUUGACCCAGAAAUCAGCCAAAUGGACCUCUACUACCAGUGUCAUCAGAGGGCAGGCGUGAUGUUUGUUGCCAUUCCAGGUUUUUCUUCCUACUAUGAUGAAUCUCCCGUGAAUAAUCAUGGACUUGAGUGCCUUCGUCUUCUGAACGAGAUUUUUUCAGAUUUUGACCAACUCUUGACAGAGGAGCGUUUCUCAUGCUUGGAAAAAAUAAAGACAAUCGGUAGCACGUACAUGAUAGCAUCUGGCUUGCAUGACAAUAGAAAGGGUUGGAAUCACCUUGGAGUUUUGGUUCAGUUCUCUUUUGCGUUGAAGGAGAGCCUUCGUUUGCUCAAUCUGGAGUCAUUCACUAAUUUUGAAUUGCGAAUUGGUAUCAGUCAUGGCCCCCUUGUUGCUGGAGUUAUUGGUGCAAAAAAGCCACAGUAUGACAUAUGGGGCGACACAGUUAAUCUUGCUAGUAGGAUGGAAAGCACUGGAAUAACUGGGAAAACACAACUUGUGCUGGAGACUAAGAAUAUACUCCAGAAUCUGGAAUUGGGUUAUAAUUUUGAAUUUCGUGGAACUGUGAAUGUCAAGGGGAAAGGACAAUUGGUCACUUUCUUCCUUUGUGAUUGAGACCUCACAUCAACAAUAAUUAAUCUACAUAAGCUAUAAUGGAGCAAAUCUUUACCAUAAACUUAAGUUACUAUAUCAUGAAACAAAAUCAAACUAUAUAUACAUGUAACUGAACUCAGCUGCUUUAAAGUUUAAAAUUCAAAUAUCUAAUUUCUUCAGUAAA